AUGAACCCUGAAAAGGCUAAACAGCGCCCAACGACGAAGACAACGAGUUCUGCAAAGCGACCCAAAAAAACUGUCGACUCGAGUGACGACAAAGCACAUGCCAAGGCGUCACCUCAAAAGCAAACCUCAAAGCACAAACGAUCGAAGCGACGGACGUCGUCGACGGCCGGGUCGGACGAGUCGCAUCCCUCGCCGCGAAAGGCAAAGAAGAAACCGACCGACUCCGACGAGACCUCGAGUCCAGUGCGACGAUCGAAAUCCACCAAGUCACGCAAGUCCAAAGGCUCGGACGACGCAUCGAUGUCGUCAACGAGCAGCGUUCUCUCCUCUCCUCGCAAGGCGUUCCAGCGCGGGAAACCAUCCCGGAAGAUGAAGCGCGUGAUGUACCAGUCUGACGACGACGACUCCAACGCACCGUCAUCGGGAAUGAGUGUGUCGGACAUGCGGAAGUUCAAGGAGCGGGCCAAGACCAAAUCGAAGAAGAAAUCGCACAAACAUCGCCGCGAUUCCAGCACCGACUCGAACGAGUCGGACGCCGAGUACUUUCAGCAAAUGAAGGACUCGCUGCGCAGGGCGUUUGACUUUUUUGACGUGGAUUACAGCAACUCGAUUGGUGGGGCUGUCCAAACAAGCCAUGGUGGUGGGCUGAGUGGAGUACGUAGAUAA